AGUUGAUUCUUUUUAGUGUAUCAAUUUUUUGUAGGGUUUUGGCUUUUGAGGUUCUGAGCUUGGAAAUCCUCAUGCAUUAGAUAUACGAUUUUCUAAAGAGUUUUUGCUUCGGCAGCUGUGUUGACAAAGAGAAAAGAAUAUGUUGGAGGGUACAAAGUUUACUGGAAUUAUGGGCAUAAACAAUAAUCAAGACGAUUUCUCUCAGAACUUUUAUCAGAAGCUCAAUGAGGGUUCGAACAUGUCUAUUGAUAGUUAUGGUAGCUUGCAGUUGAGCAAUGGAGGAGGUUCCGUUGCCAUGUCAAUGGACAACAGCAGCGUUGGAUCAAAUGAUUCCCAUACACGCAUAUUAGGUCACCAGGGCCUCAAGCGUGUUAAAAACUAUUCAGUAGCGGCAAGUGUCAAUCGUGGGAGAUCCCCUAAUGGGCUGAGCAAUGAUGCAUUGGCUCAAGCUUUGAUGGAUGCUCGAUAUCCGACUGAGGGUCUUGGAAAUUAUGAUGAGUGGACGAUUGACUUGAGAAAACUUAACAUGGGGGAUGCUUUUGCUCAGGGGGCAUUUGGGAAGCUCUACAAGGGUACAUAUAAUGGUGAGGAUGUUGCAAUUAAGCUUUUGGAGAGGCCGGAGAAUGAUGCAGAGAGAGCGCACUUGAUGGAGCAGCAGUUUCAGCAGGAGGUGAUGAUGCUGGCUACACUGAAGCAUCCAAACAUUGUUCGCUUCAUUGGUGCAUGCCGUAAACCCAUGGUCUGGUGUAUUGUGACAGAAUAUGCAAAGGGGGGAUCAGUGCGUCAGUUCUUGACUAAGCGAAUGAACCGAUCAGUGCCUUUGAAAUUGGCUGUAAAGCAGGCCUUGGAUGUGGCUAGGGGGAUGGAAUAUGUACAUGGACUAAAUUUGAUUCACCGAGACUUGAAGUCAGACAACCUUCUAAUUUCUGCGGACAAGUCUAUUAAAAUUGCAGAUUUUGGGGUUGCUCGUAUUGAGGUGCAGACCGAAGGAAUGACACCAGAGACAGGAACAUACAGAUGGAUGGCCCCGGAAAUGAUCCAGCAUAGGCCUUAUACCCAGAAAGUUGAUGUGUAUAGCUUUGGGAUUGUCCUGUGGGAGCUUAUCACAGGGUUGCUUCCAUUCCAGAACAUGACUGCUGUUCAGGCUGCGUUUGCUGUUGUCAACAAAGGCGUCCGUCCCAGUAUCCCCAACGACUGCCUUCCAGUUCUCAGUGGGAUCAUGACCCGUUGCUGGGAUGCUGAUCCUGAUGUUAGGCCCUCCUUCAGUGACGUAGUCAGAAUGCUUGAGCAUGCAGAGACUGAGAUCAUGACAACUGUCAGGAAGGCCCGUUUUAGGUGCUGCAUGACUCAACCGAUGACUACAGAUUGAUCAUUGAUGCAGGGAGAAGAUAUUAGAAGCAGUAAGAAGACAGUAAAGAAUUGUUAAGGAAAAGAAAGAAAUAAGGGGGAAAAAAAAUACUGAUUUCCUGUCAGCCUUGUGUAUGUAUCUGGCUCAGUUUAUUUCUUGAGAUAGAAAAAGGAGAGGAAACUGUGAUAAGAACUGCUUGUUUUGGUAUUUCUUUAAAAAAUUUGUGGAUUUUAAGAAUUGAAUUAGUGGUAAUAGAGGUGAUUUGAUGUGUAUUAUACUUGCCCUUGGUGCCAUAUUUAAAUCUUUCUUCUUUCUUAA